AGAGACAUGCCCCCGACAGGGGGCUUCGAGAGCCUCAAGUACAAACGAAAUCUUCCUUACAAAGGCCCAGGCGCAUACGUUCUUCUUGGAGGCGUGACCGCCAUCUGCGCCUAUGGUUUUUAUCGACUUGGAAAGGGUAAUCUGGAGCGAAGGGAACUUCAACGAGAGAAAGUAUGGUCGCGAAUUCACCUCGUCCCGCUGUUCUUGGCGGAGGGAGAUCGUGACAUGUACCGGCGACAACAGGCAGCUAUCGCUCGAGAGAAGGAGAUUAUGAAGGAUGUUCCUGGCUGGGAGGCUGGUAAAAGUGUGUACAACAGCUCCAAGUACCGUUCACCGGAAAUUGUUAUACUGUAGAUACAAAAGUAACAUUCAUCGGUCCAUACAUGAAUUGGGACAUUGAUGACAAUGGGAACC